GAGACUUGCCCGCGCAUGCGCCGUUCGCUGCUGGGAUGCGCCGGGAAGUCUCGCGUCCCCAGCAGCGAACGGUGGUGUCGGUGAGCACGAACUUCAAAAUGUCAACUGAAGGUCAAAGGGUAGAUGACAGUCCAAGUACUAGUGGAGGUAGCUCUGAUGGAGACCAGCGGGAAGGGGUACAAAACGAGCAAGAGCGGGAGAAAGUCCAGCCGAAGAAGAAAGAAGGGAAGAUAUCCAGCAAAACUGCUGCCAAACUGUCAACUAGUGCCAAAAGAAUUCAAAAAGAACUUGCAGAGAUAACACUGGAUCCGCCUCCAAACUGCAGUGCUGGACCCAAAGGAGAUAACAUAUAUGAAUGGCGGUCGACUAUACUAGGUCCCCCUGGUUCUGUGUAUGAAGGAGGUGUUUUUUUCCUAGAUAUAACAUUCUCACCAGACUAUCCUUUCAAACCACCAAAGGUGACAUUUCGAACAAGGAUUUACCACUGCAACAUUAACAGCCAAGGAGUGAUCUGCCUCGAUAUCCUGAAAGAUAACUGGAGCCCGGCACUAACCAUUUCUAAAGUACUCCUCUCCAUCUGCUCACUGCUCACAGAUUGCAACCCUGCUGACCCUCUUGUCGGAAGUAUCGCCACCCAGUACAUGACAAACAGAGCAGAGCAUGACAGAAUGGCCAGACAGUGGACCAAGAGAUAUGCCACAUAGGAUUUAUCACACUGGACCUGAGCAAGCACAUUCACUAAGUGCAUCAAUAGCUCUUUUCUUGACUUUUUAUUUUUACAUUUUGUGACAAAAUACUGUAUGUCCUUUUUUAUUAAGACUUUGUUAACUUGAAUUCCCCCCCAAAAUAUGUGGGGAUUUUAGUUUUUGUGUAAGAAUUGUUGAAUAUGUGAUAGGUUAGAGCUUUGUUUGAAAGCCUUGUAUCAAUAUUUGUGUUUGAUUUUUUUUUUAUGGAGAUGGGGGACUAUAAUUUAAUUUUCAGUUGCCUCAUCUCUGUUUCUUAGUGUUAGAUUUUAUUUUCUUUUAUUAUUUUUUUUAAAUAUUUGAUUUUUUUGUACCUAAAGUCUUUCAUGGUGGGUGCAUGCUUCAGGGAACAUUGUUUUAUAAAUAAUAUUAAAAGCAAGAAUCACUGUGCAUAACUAGACUCUGUUUCCCCCACUAAAGACUUUCUAAAUGAACAAAAGGGGUAUUUUGAGCUAUUUAAAAUUGCUUGUAAAUUACGUUAGCAGGAUGUGGAACCGUUGAUGUACACUUGUGUUAUAAAGCACUCAAUAAAAACACUGAAGAUUAUACAUAUUUCUUGCUAAGCCGAAUUGAGCGCAACAUACAGCUACAAAACCAUGGAUGGGUACAAGUAGAUAUCUUAAAGGGAAGCUGUUAUGAAGAAUAGUUCUUUGUGUAAUGUACAGUAGUGUCAUGCAGUACAAUGAAAAUAAAAGUGCCAGUUUUAUUUGC